AUGCGUGAUCCUACCAUGCCCUUUCUCCCGCUGCGAUACAGCUACCCAGCUCAACUCCGCAUGAUUGGCUGUGGUUUGAAGCUGUUGCUGCGGCUGCAGCUGGAGGAGGAGGAGGAGGAGGAGGAGGAGCAGCAGCAGGAGGAGCAGGAGGAGCAGGAGCAGGAGGAGGAGGAGCAGGAGGUGGAGGAGGAGCAGGAGCAGGAAGAGAAGAAGAAGAAGAAGAAGAAGAAGAAGAAGAAGAAGGAGGAGGAGGAG